CAUGGCAGCGAUGACAGCAAGCGUAAAUCCAGACCUCCAGAAUGAACGGAAUAAAGCCACUUUUGAUCCAAUACAAUUAACAUAUUUAUUGCAUAAUGGUCCACAACAAACCAGGCGUAAAAGAUACAUUCAAUCUCUAGCAUUAAAUGAUAGAGUUAAACAGAAUUUCCGAACAUGGACAGAAUUAUCUCGUGAAGAACGAUAUGAAGAAUCAAUGAAAAAAUGUAUUUACUGUGCUGACCGAGUGAAAGAACUCGGUUUUAAAGAUCCUGUUGAUAUCUAUAUCUAUAAUCAGAUGUUCACGGGCCAUGAGAAUUCACCGUUUGGACUUCACAACAGUAUGUUUACUGAUGUUCUCACACAGCAAGGUACUGAGGAACAAAAAGCUAAAUGGUUACCACUGGCUAAAAACUACCAGAUACUUGGUACAUAUGCUCAAACAGAGAUGGGUCAUGGUACCUUUGUGAGAGGUUUAGAAACUACAGCCACUUAUGAUCCUAAAACUCAAGAAUUUGUGUUGAACUCUCCGACCUUGACAUCUAUUAAGUAUUGGCCUGGAGCUUUGGGCAAGACCAGUAAUCAUUGUAUUGUCAUAGCGCAGCUAUACACUCAAGGUCAUUGUCAUGGGUUACAACCAUUCAUAGUUCCACUACGUAACCUUGACAACUAUCAACCAUUACCAGGAGUUGAAGUUGGAGAUAUAGGUUUAAAGUUUGGAUAUGAUGCAGUGGAUAAUGGCUACCUGAGACUAAGUAAUAUCAGAAUACCAAGAGAAAACAUGCUGAUGAGAUAUUCUAAGGUAACAGAAGAUGGUGUUUUUAUUAAACCAAAGAAUGAUAAAUUACUAUAUGGUGGUAUGGUUAUGAUACGAUCAUUUAUAACUGGUGAUUGUGGACGUGGAUUAAGUCAGGCCUGCACAAUAGCUAUCAGAUACAGUUCAGUCAGACAUCAAACGGAGGUUACUCCAGGAAAAGGUGAAGAGAAGAUAUUAGAUUAUCAGACACAACAGUAUAAAUUAUUCCCUGCGUUAUCUACAGCUUUAGCAUAUCUAUUUGCUGGUAAUGCUAUCAGAGAAAUGUAUUUACGUGUCAUGGCGGAUAUUAAUAAAGGCGCCCUGGGUGAACUACCACAGCUUCAUGCAUUAUCAUCUGGGUUAAAAGCAUGCAGUUCGUAUGCAGCCAGUGAAAUGAUUGAAACAUGUCGUAUGGCUUGUGGUGGUCAUGGUUACAGUCAAGCUAGUGGAUUCCCUAAAAUCUAUGUCAAUGUAACCCCAGCGUGUACUUACGAAGGAGAGAAUACUGUCUUACUAUUGCAGACAGCCAGAUACUUGAUGAAGUGUUUGAAUUCUUCUGCACAAGGUGAAGAGUUACCUACCCUGAUGUCAUACUUGAACAAAUCAACAGGUGGCAAGACCAGUACUAUUACAGAUCGUCUUAGCUUACGGUCAUUGGUUGAAGCUUUCGAACAUCGAGCUGCCAGAUUAAUCAGAGAAUGUGGAUCAAGAAUACAGACGUUAACAUCACGUGGUAUGAAACCUGAUGUUGCUUUAAAUUCUACAUCUGUGCAACUAGUUAAAGCUGCUACAGCUCAUGUAGAAUGUUGUGUUGUGAAGAUUUUUGUAAAUGAAGUAGAACGGAAAGAUGUCAACCCACAACUUAAACCUGUUUUACAGGCUAUGUGUCAACUUUAUACAGUAUAUCUUCUAUUACAGAAUAGUGGGGAAUUCAUGCAGGAUGGUUUUGUGACUGGACAACAAGUUGAAGUCCUGAAUAGCAAGUUGUUAGAUUUACUGAGUGAAAUAAGACCGAAUGCUGUAGCCAUUGUAGAUGGGUUCGAUAUACCAGAUGCAAUGCUGGCAAGUGCUCUUGGUCGUUUUGAUGGACAAGUUUACGAGGCUUUGUACCAAUACGCCAGAAACUCUAAACUUAACAAAACUGAGGUAUCGGAUGCUUAUUAUAAACAUUUGAAACCAUUUCUGGAUCGUCAACGUCAGAUCUCAACACCAUCGGUUGUAACUUCCCGAUUGUAAAAAUUAGCUAUGUACAGAUAAUAAAUAUUAGACUAUUAAUUUAUAACAAAAACUAUUAAUUGAUUUACUUGAUUAGCUGCACCAAACUAUACAGACUUGCUUAUCCUUGUUUUUCAAAAUUAAGUUCUACUUGCUUUAUGCAUUCAGUAGAAUCUAUUUAAAAAUGGAAAUGUUGUAUUUAGAAACUAUGUAUCCAUCAAAAACAUGUCAAUAGAGAAGUGAUGAACAGAUAGAGGAAACAGGCAAAGAGGGUGACUUGGCCGUCAUGAACAGAUUGAACAAUUGACAAACAAUGUUAUAGUUAGUUUCAACAUCACCAGAAUGAAGAACUUUCCAGAAAUAUCCUUAGAAAUAUUUGUACAUUAUUUUAUUCAAUUUUAGGUAUCUCAUUUGUUGUUAGCGUUAUUUGUACAAUUUAUUAUCCUGUGUCUCAUUGAGUCUUUUUGUUAUUAGUGUCACUGUUACAAGUCAUCAGAAUUAUUUGUGCUAUUUUUUAUUCAAUUUAACAUCGUUUUCUUUGUUAUUGUUAAGAAAAAUAAUUAAAUGAUGAAUUUGGGAUAAAAAUCUUAUUGUAAGUACUAUCAUUAUUUGAAUGUAUGUGGAGAUCAUCAUUUUAGGAUUUUCCCUUCCCUGUUAGCAACAUCUGCCAUCAAGAAUUAGAUGGAGACAAAUCUGCCAAUAGUUUGUUGAUAAUGUACAUUAUAAACCAUUUGAGAUGAAAAGUACACAUUUUGUUUUUAAUUAGUUUUCAAGGAGUUGGAUAAACACUGGUGGUAAAUUAGUCAUACUCCUCACAGUGUUUCGUUUGAUUAGAGUUAAUCCCACUAAACACUACUUUAAUCGAAGCAAAUUUCUGUUCCAAAUUAUGACUGGUCAAUAGUCCGAUUAACAACACAUAACUAACUGCGUAACAAUAUCGUUACAUUUUAAACAAAGCUCCAAAUUGGACCAAAUAUGUUUACAUAAUGUUACGUCAUGACUCACGAUUUCAUUAUGCCCAAUUAACCAGUGCAUAGCAGAAUAUUGCAGAAAAACUAAUUGUGUGACAAACAAGGCUAUCAACACGAAUACAAUGUAAACAAUACUGUAUGGAGACGAAGAAUACUUUCACCGUUUUUAAUACCAUAAAUCACUGUCCAAAGUUUUAGGGAAGACCCCAGAUUAAACGAAGGGCUGUCAUGUUGCUGUACUUCAGAUAGAUUUGAUUGCACGGGAAGAAUACACACGCUCCCUCAAAAGCUCAAGUAUCAGAAGCCAAUCCAGCAAUGGGCAGAGCGGGAUUUCUCGGACCAUUGAUUCAGGAAUAUGUGCCUUAGUAUAGUUCAUGUGAACAUUAUGGUAUUUGGAGUAUGGGAAAUUAUGUACAUUUACUGUGGUAAAUAUGUUUCUGGUAAAAUUUGAAAUCCAUUCCUUGAUUCUUCACUAUAUCUAAAUUUAACCCAUAGUGGUCUUAAUUUGUAUAAACUACAGAUAAGUUUAUAAUGCGUACAUUUAUGUGUCAAAGUACAAGGAAAAACUUACCAAUGAAAUGGAAGGCAUUUAUAGUUUGAAUUAAUCAUAAAAAUAUUAAUCAAAGGUUAAGUCUGAAAUGAAUUCUACAUAAUUAGUCUUCCCCUUUAAAUGAGAAGGUCAGGUGUUACAGAGUCUUUAUAUUUUAAUUAAUUAUCUAGUAUUAAAAUAGUUUCAAGACUAGGUUGACGACAUGUGUCAAAAGGGAAAUAUUGAUACUAUCAUAGAUAGCAGAAGCAUAUGAUUUUGUUCAUAAAUGGCUACUGACAGUUACCCAGAUGUCACAGUCAGGUGUCUUAAUUUGAUAAAUAGUUGAGGCUAAAUGAGUUAUACUUCAUGAUUUACGUUGGGGAAACCUUUUUUUUUUAAUACUAGAUAAUGAAUAAAAUAAAAAUAAUCCAACAACUGAAAUUUACCUGUAAGUGUAAAUAUUGAUACUCUUUAGCAUGUUUUACUUACUUUGAUACCAGCAACAGACUUGAAAUUUGUAUUAAAUUAAUCAAAAAUUGUUAUGGCUCUUGGUGCUCUAUUUAAUGUAUAUCAUGUGAUUAAGAAAGAUGUAAAUAAUAACAAUGUUUUUAAAUACAAGUAUAAAUUUAUAAAGUUAAUUUUUUUCAAGAAAAUGUCUAAAAACUGUC